CGUACAGACUAACAUAGUGACAAACGAAGCUGUAGCUACAACUACAAGUGAUGAAAAUGGCGUCUCCCCCCUCACAACACAAAUCUUGUCUGUCGAAUUUGAAGGCGCUAAACUCGACAUAACAAUUGCAGAAAGGGAUAUUCUUAUAAACAAAGAUAUUAUAAAGAAUGUUGAGAAACGCCUUAACAAAAUAAACGCUGAAUUUGCCGAUUUUAGUCAACAACUUGAAUAUUGCAAGAAAGAAAUUUAUAUGUUAUGCAACGGUCAUAUUGUGGAACCCCAUUUGAAUAUUCUAAUUUGGCAGACAAAAAUCACUCAAGUGAAAAAAGUGAUUGUCUUGAUAAAAUAA